AAUGGGUAGAAGGAUGGGGUUUUUAGUUUUUCCUUGCCUGGUGGGAGAGACUCUUUUGUGAAUAGGGGCUAUCCUAAUAAACUUGACAAGAACAAAUGGCUUAAUUAAUGGACUCGAUGUAAAUGCUCAGUGGGUUGGAUUUAAGAACGAACAUAUAUGGCCAACAGGCCGUACUUCGCCCACCUCUGUGUUAACCGGUUCAUUACGACUGUCAAUUGUGAGCGAUCAGUUAACGUCAGUAAAAUUGAAAAGUACAGAAGUUACCCAAGACAAUGUUGCGAUUGCUAUAAAAUAUCCGUUCGUGCUUAGUCGCAUUGGGGCUCGUGUAGCCAUCAUGCAACUGUCUCUAAUUACAAUUCGCAAUGGCGUCAACAUUAUACAUAAUGAGGUUAAUUUCGGUUUACAUAAAAUAUUUAACGAAAGUCUCUUGACGCCUAGAAGUGUUCAUAAUUCAGUUGUUGAUUGCAAAAUAUUCCGACGGCGAAACGUCACCAUACGAUUUGCAUACUAUAAGGCUCAUAUCCAUUGGUAAUUUGCAUAUCAGGCGUGGUGUUUAUACGUUGGCUGUCAGAGGAGCAUAUCUUUUGACGGAUAAACUCCCAAGUUCCACGAGGCUUGCUGUAGCUUCCGUUCAAGAACUCGAGCUCGCAGCAUGCGGAUUGCGGAACUCCCAACUCUUGCUGUCAGAUGCGGAUGAAGAGGAGGAUGUUGUGAAGGCGCACUUCGCAUCCAUUUAACUAUGCCGCCUAGGUAUGGUUCGACGCAGCCGGGCUUUUCAGACGACGCCUGUUCCUUGCCUCGUUAAAUGGUACGCCGCAUUGAGAGAGGCCCAGGACGAUUCAGACGCGACUGCUCCUCUGUGUCUGCCCAAGAAGGGCAUCUACUACGCAGGCCGACUGUCACCACAGCUGGUUAGCCGCUAGGCAGCUAUUGCUCGCAGUGGGACUCAAACCUCUACCCUCCGACUCCGAAGAUUAGCUGACACGUUCUCCUGUUUAUCAGCUCCAGGAUUCGUACAUUGAAGACUGCCGCUCCCACUGUGUCAUUUAAUAACUCACAGCCACUGUGGUUUGUCAUAUUAGUGUGCCGUGAGAAAUCGCAGGUUUGUCCAAGGAAUUCCAGAACCUUCAAAAUGAUUAUCAAGGCAUGGUGUUUCCCAAUACAAUUGAAAUUUCCCACCUCUGGUUGAAAUCCACCACUGACUAACAAUUGACCAAUCAUCACGGAUGACGUGAAAUACAAGACGUGGUCGAUCCAAAAUGGAGAAAAAGAAACCGUGCUCACGACUCCUCGACUACUUGGUGGUGGUUGGCGCAAGGCAACCAAGUAGCGAUAGUGUGGCCCAGACCCCUCAGCUCCUCCGCCGAUACCCACUGGAGGACCACCAAGACUUUCCACUCCCACCGGAUGUGGUCUUCUUUUGCCAACCAGAAGGCUGCCUUAGUAUACGCCAGCGUAGGGUUAGCCUUCGUGACGACUCCUCUUUUGUUUUUACUCUGACUGACAAGGACUCAGGAAUUACUCGCUACGGAAUCUGUGUCAACUUUUACCGAUCUUUUCAACGUGGGCAUCACCGUACCCGUGUGGACAAGAGUGGUCAAAUAGAGACCGCAACACAAAGCGGGGACAGCACGAGUGAAGGCUCUGAUGGGAGUACUGGAGGCCAGUCUUCUGGGUUAUCACCAUCCAACAAAGCUGAGUCGGUGCCUCAGUCUGCUUCUGGAGAGGAGAGUGAACCACCAGCUACUAAGCUAAAUGCUGGAAAGGCUGCACAACUCAGGCGAAAUGAAAGGAUGGCUGCCAGGAAUCGCAACAGUACAUUGACCUCGUUGUGUAUACUCAGCCACUACCCCUUCUUCUCCACCUUCAGAGAAUGCUUAUAUAUCCUCAAGAGGAUGGUAGACUGUUGCAGUCAGAGGCUAACGCAGCGUGCUGGACUGCCCCGUACAUUCCAAAGAGACACCAUGUGGCGGGUGUUCACUGGGGCACUCUCAGUGGAAGAGAAGGGCAGCCAGUUGUUGGCUGACCUGCGGGAAAUUGAAUCCUGGAUAUACCGGUUGCAACGUUCACCCAUACCAUUGGCAGGCCAGAGGCGUGUGGAUGUGGAAUUGCUGCCCCAUGAAAUGAAACGCCCCCUCACCUUUGCACUGCCUGAUAACUCCCGUUUCUCAAUGGUCGAUUUUCCCUUGCACUUGCCUUUGGAGUUGCUGGGUGUGGAUGCCUGUCUUCAGGUUCUUUCUUGUGUCCUGUUAGAGCACAAGGUUAUCCUCCAGUCAAGAGAUUACAAUGCUUUAUCCAUGAGUGUAAUGGCAUUUGUGGCCAUGAUCUAUCCUCUCGAGUACAUGUUCCCUGUGAUUCCUUUACUCCCAACAUGCAUGGCCUCAGCUGAACAGCUUCUUCUUGCGCCUACACCCUACAUAAUCGGUGUCCCAGCUAGCUUUUUCCUUUAUAAAUCUGACUUCAAAAUUCCAGAUGAUGUGUGGCUUGUGGAUCUGGACAGCAGCAAGGUUAAAGCACCUACAAAUGCAGAGAUUCUACCACCUCUUCCAGAGCCUGAAGCUGGCGAGCUGAAGAAACAUCUGAAGCAGUGUCUGGUUAGGUUGACCGUGAUCACCCAAAAGCAGAUCUUCUCCCGUGAAAAUAAGGCCUUGGCGAGUAUGAGUUUGAACACCCAGCCCAUUUUGAACCUGGAGAGGUUCCAGGAAGGUCAGGAAAUGCCCCUGCUUCCCCCUGGACGUGAUAAAGCUUCACCAUCAUCCACGGAGUUCAACCCCCUCAUUUAUGGCAAUGAUGUUGAUUCUGUGGAUGUAGCCACCAGGGUGGCCAUGGUGCGGUUCUUCAACUCUCAAAAUGUUCUCCAUGGUUUUCAAAUACAUACACGGACCUUGCGCCUCUUCCCCCGUCCUGUGGUGGCUUUCCAGUCGUCGUCUUUUCUUGCGUCUCGGCCAAGACGAUCUAGUUUUGCUGAUAAGCUUUCCCACACCCAGGCAGUAGAGUUCUAUGGAGAAUGGGCUCUUCAUCCCACUAAUCUAGCGUUUCAGAGAAUACAUAAUAAUGUUUUUGAUCCAUCCUUAAUUGGUGAUAAACCUAAGUGGUAUGCUCACCAGCUCCAGCCAGUAGUUUACAGAGUUUUUGAUGGGAGCUCCCAGCUGGUUGAGGCUAUGGCAAGUCCAUUUGAGGAUGAGAGCAAUGACUCUGAGCCCACUGACAGUGGUAGUGACAGUGAGGCGUAUGAUGACUCCAGCUCAUCCUAUUCCUCACUUGGAGACCUUGUGAGUGAGAUGAUUCAAGGAGACAUUCAGGGAGACACACCAAGCCUACAACCGCAUACUCAUGCUGCCCUGGGAGAUGCAAGCGAAGUGGAGUUCCCACAGUUCCAGGACUUAAGAGAAGAGGGUCCAUCCGGUGGGGAUGUUCCGGGAGAAACAUUCGAUGGGCAGCCCCUUCGCUCCAGCUCCAGCACGACUGCAAGCUCCAGUCCCAGCACAAUCAUCCAGGGAGUGAACCAUGAACAAGGGGAAGCACCUGAUAGUGAGGCAUCAGCCGGUUCUGGCCUACAGAACCCAGUCCUAGAAGUCAGCAGCCAGCCGUCUCUCAGAUCAGCAACUGAAACUGGCCUGGUGGACCAGGCUAUAAAAAAACGAGAGUAUGACAACCCCUAUUUUGAGCCUCAGUAUGGCUUCCCCUCUGAAGAUGAUCCUGAUGCAGAAGAGCAAGUGGAGUCAUACACCCCUCGAUUCAACCAGAACCUCAAUGGCAACAAGGCACAGCGUCCUUCACGUCCCAGUAGUCUAAGGCUCCCUGGGGAGUCUGAUGGAGAGGGUGACAGCUCACCAAACUCAACCAUUUCCAACAGCAGUAAUGAUGGAUUUGGGGGACUGAUGUCUUUUGCAAGUAAUCUUUACAAGAAUCAUGGCACCAGUUUCAGUCUGUCCCAUCUUGCGCUACCAAACAAAGCUGCAAGGGAGAAAUCGACACCUUUCCCCAGUCUCAAAGAAUAUUUAAAUUUUGAUAUUGAGGAGGAGCUGGACCAAGCAGUAUUUGGGCUAAAUUCUCUAAUGGAGAUAAUAACAGAGGCCGGCCCGGGGAGCGGAGAAGGUGCACGUCCACCCCGGCCACUUGUGGACCAGAAGUCUUCUGUUAUCAAGCACAGCCCAACGGUGAAGAGGGAAUCACCUUCUCCACAGGGUCGCAUCAAUAACACAAGUGAAAACCAGCAGUUUUUAAAGGAGGUUGUACAGAGUGUCCUGGAUGGACAAGGUGUCGGCUGGCUCAACAUGAAAAAGGUGCGCCGCCUGCUGGAGAAUGAACAGCUCCGCAUCUUUGUUCUGAGUAAACUCAACAGAGCCAGCCAGUCAGAGGAAGACUCCAGACAGGAGAUAAUUCGAGAUGUGGAGGUCAGCAGGAAGGUGUACAAAGGCAUGCUGGACAUAUUGAAGUGUACAGUAUCCAGUUUGGAGCAUUCCUACAGUAAUGCAGGCCUCGGAGGAAUGGCGAGUGUCUUCAGCUUAUUGGAGAUAGCACGCACACAUUAUCAAACUAAAGACCCUGAAAAGCGCAAGAGAAGCCCGACAGACAGUGCUGGCAGCCCGGGGAGUAAAGAGAGCCCUUCUGCUCGUAUGGAGACAGCUAGACCACAAGGUCUUCUGACCAUUCCUCAUCUGCAGCUGCCACAUCACACAACGGGCAGAGGAGCCCACCAUUUUGACACCCGGAGCCUGAAUGAAGAGAACUUUAUUGCCUCGAUUGAAUUGUGGAGCAAGCACCAGGAUAAGCAAAAAUCUAUGGAAAAACCACAGAGAGCUGAAGGAGCAAAGCAGCAGGGCCCCCAAGUGACUGAUGCAGAGGAGAAGAAAUCUCAGAUGAGUGCUGACAGCGGUCUCAGUGUCACCUCGGGAUCCCAGAAAAGUGACACAGAGUCUGUAACAAGUUCCGAACCUCCCAUCUUAACAAGAAGUACCAGCCAAGACUCCGAGGCGAGCACAGUGAUAAGCAAUAGCUCUGGAGAGACUAUGGGUGCUGACAGUGACCUGAGCAGCACAGUUGGAGAUGGCCUGGGUGGGAGAAGUGCUUUACAUUUAGCCCAGUCCAGAGGGACCCUCUCUGACAGUGAGAUUGAAACAAACCCUGCUACCAGCUCAGUUUUUGGAAAGACUCACACAUUGAAACCUGGUGCAAAAGAACAUGCGUCUGCAAUGGCAAAGGGGGUUCCUACUCAGCCAAUGGAGGACAUCAGUAUGAGAAUCUAUCUUUGCGAAGGCCUGUUGGGCCGUGAUAAGAGCUCCGUUUGGGAUCAACUAGAGGAUGCUGCCAUGGAAACCUUUUCGCUAAGUAAGGAACGCUCCACGCUGUGGGACCAGGUGCAGUUCUGGGAGGAUGCCUAUUUGGAUGCUGUCAUGUUAGAGCGUGAGGGGAUGGGAUUGGACCAGGGACCUCAAGAAAUGAUUGAAAGAUACUUGUCACUGGGAGAACAUGAUCGCAAGCGUCUGGAGGACGAUGAGGACAAACUCCUAGCUACCCUGUUACACAACAUGAUUGCAUACAUGCUCAUGCUGAAAGUGAGCAAAAAUGACAUCAGGAAGAAAGUGAGGCGCUUGAUGGGCAAGUCCCACAUUGGCCUUACCUCCAGCCAAGAGAUCAAUGAGUUGCUGGACAAAUUGACCCAAAUGAAUGGUCGUGAGUUGUCUAUCAGGCCCUGUGGAAGCCGUCAUAUCAAGAAACAAACGUUUGUUGUACAUGCUGGUACUGAUACCACUGGGGACAUUUUUUUCAUGGAGGUAUGUGAUGACUGCAUAGUCCUUCGCAGCAACAUUGGCACAGUGUACGAGCGCUGGUGGUACGAGAAGCUCAUUAACAUGACUUACUGCCCCAAGACCAAGGUUUUAUGUCUCUGGAGACGUAACGGCCAAGAGACACAACUCAAUAAGUUCUAUACCAAAAAGUGUCGUGAACUCUACUACUGUGUUAAAGAUAGUAUGGAAAGAGCUGCAGCCAGACAACAAAGCUCCAAACCAGGUCCAGAGCUCGGUGGAGAGUUUCCUGUCCAAGAUAUGAAAAGUGGAGAGGGAGGAUUGCUGCAGGUCACGUUGGAAGGAAUCAACCUAAAGUUCAUGCACAGUCAGGUUUUCAUAGAGCUGAGUCACAUAAAAAAGUGCAAUACAGUGAAGGGAGUCUUUGUCCUGGAGGAAUUUGUUCCUGAAACUAAAGAAGUGGUGAUCCACAAGUACAAGACCCCCAUGGCCCAUCAAAUCUGUUACUCGGUCCUCUGCCUUUUCUCCUACGUGGCAGCUGUGAAGGGGAAGGAGACAGAUGGAAAAGCCAAGAUUCUAUCGCCACGACCCCUCCCAAGCUAGUUUACCUUCUGCCCGCCUGGACCUCAAUCGUCCUCCACCUCCUCCUCCAUGUGCCUCGACUUGAGCUCAACCACCACAGACAAUCCCCGAUCGUGACACGGAAGCACACAAAUCAGUGUAACUAUUGGCCCGUUUUCAACCUACAGUGCUCUCUGAUGUCGUGUAAAUACUCGUUCCCAGGAAGUUUGUCUGUGUUGCCUUCUGCUGUCCGGCCAGAUGUUCAUUAGAGGAACCAAGUGCAUGCAGGUCCCGUGCACCCAACCCAUUAAACUAUUAACUGUGAUUGAGUGCUUAUUUACUGUGACGUCGCUCUCUGCUAACACGUACACGGAUGGCUGCUAAGGAAGUGAUCUGUGCUCCUGCUCUUAGCUCAGUCCGCUGGGCUGAAUUACUGUCCUAGUUCCACUGUAACCUCGUCUGUGUGCUGCUGUUCAUCCGUAGCAUGUUACAUGUGAUCAUACAGGAAUAAAUAUUAUAUACACAUUUUGCUGUAUACUUCUGAAAAGUAAUACCCAUAAAUAUUGAAUUGCCUAAAUGGGCAAUACUGAGUUCACAGGGUGAACAAUGUCAGCGAGAACGUACAUUCUUUUGCUGUCGAUUGACAUGGCGUCAGUGUGAUGUGAUGUGAUUUUGUGUCUCCGUGUGAACAGUGUAAUCAUUUGAUAGAUUGGGUCACGCUACGUAAAGUGAUGAACGUGAUGUGACCUUCAAACUCAUCGCCUCCCUCGCGUUCAUGUUGUGUCUGGACAUGACAUAGUCUUCAUGAUAAUUCUAGACCUGAGUAGUCAGGGUGUCCUUGGUGUACUAUUAAUGUACAAUUUGGGGUUGAACGGCUAUCGUGGCCACAUUGGAAUUGAUAGAUUCUUAAUUCAUCCACAAAGGAAGUUUGUGGAUGAACAAAAAAUUAAAAGAGGUGAACACUGAUGGAGGUGUGACAUUUUCUGGAGCGUGUUUUGAUGAUGUCCUUUAAAAGUAAAGAUUCUGGUUGCUCAUCCAACUUUCAGUGUGUGUUAAGUAGUUUCUCCACAUCCAGCAAUACAUUGAUAGAAGCCUGUAUUUUUAGCCUUUGACUGUAUCCAAGUGAGUAAAAAGGAAGUUCCACUAAUUCCACCUCCUUGGUCAUGAUAAACCUGAAUCCAGAAUUCAGUGUGACACUGGGACAAAGCUUUGAGGAUCAGUGGAUCUUUCCAACUAUGUCUUUGUUUUGACUGGCAUCUGUCUCACGAGGAAAGAAAUAUGUGUGAGUGUUUAUAGAAAUGUACAGCUUAAGCCCUCUAAUAAAGUCAUCCAAAAUGGA